GGAGUAAAACUCAGGAGCCCAGAAACCAAGUGCCCGUGAGAGGAUGGGAAAUUAUCUCCGGAGAAAACUCAGUUGCCUGGGAGGGAAUCAAAAGGAGCUCGGGAAGGUAAACCCAGAUGUGGAAAGAAAACGGCAGGAAAUGACUGCAGUUGAAAGACAAGGUCAAGGUCAUGGUAAGAAAAGCCAAGAAGUUACAUCCACUUUUAAUCAGGAAAGUGAGAACGGCAGUGGUUCUGAGGAAGUGUGCUACACUGUCGUUAAGCACGUCCCCCACCCAAAGCCCUCCCUGACCUCCAAUGAUGAUAGCUAUGAGAACAUUGACUCCAUCACAAGGAGACUGAGACAGCUUAGAGAAGGAUCAGAGACGGAAUACGCCCUUGUUAGGACUUUUGUCACGAGGCCCUCCUCCUGCACCCAGGAGCAUGAUUAUGAACUCGUGUUUCCAUACUGA